GCAGAGUAUCUGCCAGGCACGGGCCUCCGUCAUGGUCUACGAUGACACCAGUAAGAAGUGGGUGCCCAUCAAGCCUGGACAGCAGGGAUUCAGCCGCAUCAACAUCUACCACAACACUGCCAACAACACCUUCAGAGUGGUGGGCGUCAAACUGCAGGACCAGCAGGUGGUUAUCAACUACUCCAUAGUGAAGGGCCUUAAGUACAACCAAGCCACACCGACCUUUCACCAGUGGCGGGAUGCCAGGCAGGUCUAUGGCCUCAACUUUGCCAGCAAGGAGGAGGCCACCACCUUCUCCAACGCCAUGCUCUUUGCCCUCAACGUUCUCAGUGCACAGGAUGGAGGUGUGUCUCCCCUCAGUCUAUCACACGAUCAUGGCACACUUGGAAUAAUGCUUAAGUAGCCUAUAAUGGAUAAUUUCCUUAUUUUAGGAAAAGCUCACACACUUGUUACCCACCUGCCCCUCAGCUUCACAUAUUGCCAAUUCAAAAAGCAGAUUGAACAAACAUUACAAACACAACUUGGGAAAAGUUCAUGUGAGCAAAUAAAAUGCUUAUCAUCAUCUUGAAUGAUUGUCAUUUUUGGGACAGGUAAACUGACCUUUAUCAUAACAGUAAAAAGAGAGAGACUUGUCAGAGAUGACAGUCACACACUUAGAUUCUUGA